UCGUCAACCACGAAAAAAACGCUGGCGUGCAAUUACUGGAGUUCCUGCUUGCUCAGUCUCGCUGCUCCUGUGCCCGCGUACGGCUGCUGCAAGCGAGUUCAAGACUACGAUACGAGAGGAAUUAUGGCGACUUGGGUGCUUCCCUCGGAAAGCUGGGUUAAUAGAUACGCCCAGCCCGUGUUCGGAGCAAAUUCAAGCCUUUUUUCCCCAUCAAGUCUCAAUUUCACGUCAAGCAGCCUCGUCAAGCUUUCCGAAUUCCUUCAGGAGGCGCCAUGUCACUUAGAUGCGGCCCCACGCUCUAUUUUUGCAGCUAUAAUUGCAGUCAUGGCGUUAACAAUCCUUUCCAGCUCCUGGUUCUCGUUCCACUGCCGCUUCCGCUCCCUACCUCCCGGACCUUCCUCUUGGCUCAUUCUCGGCAACCUUCCGGACCUGGACAUCCUUCCAUACCGUUCACUCGCAAGGCUCGCAGACAGGUACGGCCCGAUACUGACCGUCUGGUUCGGUUCCAAGCCAGCUGUGGUCGUCUCGUCGCCGAAGCUGGCCGAGGAGGUGCUUAAAACGAAGGAUAAGCUCUGCGCGACCCGUCCGCUCACUCGCACUGUGGCGCUGCUCACUAAUAACGGGCGAUUCAUGGCGACGUUGCCGUGCGACGACGAUUGGCGAAAGCAGCGGCGACUCGCGAUGCUGCACCUUUUGUCUGCGCGGAAUAUGAAAGCGAAUCUGGGUGUGAGAGAGCUGGAAAUUCGCGAUAUGCUCGACACAAUCGCAACUGACGCUGCUGCUGCGACUGCUGCUGCAGAUUUGCUUAAAACGGGGAUGAAUGGGGGCUCCAGUAUCGAAGCAGCAGGUCUGGAAGUGCGGAGGUAUCUCAAUCUUGCUGCACUCAACAAUAUUCUGCGACUAACCGUCGGGAAGCACUUCAGUUACGAGGCAGUUCGUCACACGGCUUCUGCUGCUACUUGCAGCUCUACUAGUACCACUACUUCGUCAGGCGGAAGGGCGCUAGAUGCAGCAAUGGAGAUUGCUUGGGAAGGGCGUAUCGCCGCAAUCCGCAGCGAAAAGCGAGGCAACAGCGGUGGUGCUUCUACUGCGGAAGGUCCAUCGACAAGUGGAUUAGUGGAGGAUGAGGCUGAAGGCGAGAAAGUGAUUGCGAUAAUCGAGGAGGCGUUUUCUGUUGGCGGGGCAUUCAAUAUCGCGGAUUACAUUCCUGGGGUUCGUUUCCUGGACCCCCAGCGGGUGUAUACCCGGGUGCAGCGACUGGCGCCGCAGCUGCAUGGAUUCAUGCGCGCAUGCAUCGAGGAAAGGAGGCAGCUUAUAACGAGACGCAAGGCAACCGGGAGCGGGGAGAAAGGGGCCGCAGACGAUUGGGUAUUCAUGGAUGCUCUUUUGGAAAGGGAAGGGGAGGGAGAUGACGCGGUGACUGCCGAAGAAAUGAUGAUGCUGGGGAUUGAGAUAAUCAUGGCGGGGACGGCUACAACUUCCAAGACCGUGGAAUGGGCGCUUGCUGAGCUGGCACAGCGCCCUGACAUGCUGGCAAGGCUCCAAGCUGAGGUGGAUGCAGCCCGUGCCACAUCAGUAAGUUUGAAAACUCAAGAGCAGGAAGUGGGGAGUGGAAAUUCUGACCCCACGGUCUCUCUUCCCGUUCAGGACAUGCCGUACUUACAGGCGGUGCUAAAAGAGACCUUUAGGCACCACCCAGUGGGACCCUUCCUGGUUCGGCAGGUUACAGGUGGUAACGUAACACUGGGCGGUUACACCAUCCCUCCAGGCACUAUGAUCCUGAUCAACACAUGGGCUCUUGGGCACGAUCCAACGGUCUGGAUCAACCCGCAUGAGUUCAACCCAAGCAGGUUCCUCGAUCCUGCCGCUCCUGACCUGACCGGGAAAAGUUUCAGCCUGCUGCCCUUUGGUUCGGGCAGGCGGGGAUGUGCAGGAAUGAACCUGGGGCUAGACCUAUCGGCUCGCAUGCUGGCGGGUUUUGUCAGGCAGUUUGAUUUUGAGCUGCCCGGGGACGUCAGGGCAGCUGGAGGGGUGGAUAUGGGAGAGGAAUUUGGGCUGGCAAUGAGUAUGGCAAAGCCCCUGAGGAUUGUAUGUAGGGAGAGGAAGGGGGUGUUUUGAGAAGCCUUGACACAAGAUGCCGUGGCAGCAGGGCAGCUGCAGGGGUUAUUAUGGGAGAGGAAUUCGGGCUGGAAAUGAGUAUGGCAAAGCCCCUGAGGGUUGUUUCUAGGGAGAGGAACAGAGGGUUUCGGUGCGCGUCCAAACGUGGCGAAAGGGCAGCUGGUUAAGUAUUUAGGUACUGGUAUUUAGGAAGGUGGAUGAGGUGGAUUGGAUACCCUACGGGAGAGGAGAUAGUUGGGUGGGUGGAUAGGAGGGGUAAAUAGAACGAGGAGUUUGGAUAGGCAAGAAGCAUGGCAAAGCCCCAGAUGAUUGUGUGGACAGUUCACGAGAAAAAGCAGCAGCCCACUCCACAGUUAUUUGGGGCCUGUUUGCCAGGAUGGGAACAUGAAAAUGUUGGCAAGACAGGCAAUUACUCUGGUUCUGGGGGCACUGUGUAUGGUGUGGUGCGGUGUGGAGUGGUGUGAAGAUGCCAUAUUAAUGGUAUUUUGCAUGGAUAU